AUGUUACAGCUCGGAUGGCUGCUACUCUUUUUCAUACAAGCUUCUAGUCAAGAAGAUGUCCCAAAAUUCGCCCGUGGUGCCAUCUAUCACGUGGUCGACGUCGGCGAGACGUUCGCAGAGCGUCGUGAUGCCUGCCCGCGCGGCCUUUUCGCCGUCCACGAGGAGCGUGACUUCUUCAGCGCGGCGCAACUCGUCACAGGCGAUCCUAAUAACUGCGGGGGCGGCGUCUGCAAGAAGAACAUCUUCCUCGGCAUUGAGACGAACGGAACCACUUGGAAAAACCACGAUCCGAUGAUCAGCCGCCCGCUCGGCCUCAAUCCACAGUCGGUUGGCGAGUGCACGCGCAUCGUCUAUUUUGGUGAAUCUUCUAUGGCCGCCGAAAAUUAUUGGUACUACGACCACCAUUGUGACGACUCGACGGUUGUACUUUGCAAAGCACGUGGUCCUGAUGUUGUUGCGCGGAAGAUGUUUUACGACGCGGAUCGGGUGAGCCCGUACCUCUGGCUCGCGCUCAUCAUUACAGCAUCAAUGUCUAUUGGGAUGCUGGCUGUGGUCAUCUUGCUGUACAUCGACGUGAAGAAGCGACAACUCGGCUUAUUUUACCAAAUUUCCUCGAAGAUUGUCGGCUUGAGCCGAACGGUGGACAUGAUGGGCCUGCCGCAGGAGAUGCUCGUCAAGUUCACCAAGGCCAUCUCCACGACGCCGCAAAUCGUCCAGGCCGAUCGGGAGCUACGCAAUCGAUUGCUGGAGGAAGAAGCCUUCUCCGACUCGCCCCUCUACGGGUUACCGCUGGAUCCGGGCCUCAAGUGGAAGCUGGAGAAGACGGGCGAAGCACACGUAGCUGACAGCAGACCGUCUGACGACAAUCUUCUCCCCCAGCGCGUUCCGUCUCCACCAGUGAAAUCUGAACAAACGCCGGCCAGUAUCAAGAUCGACUCGGCAAUUCUCGUACCAUCGCCUGCGAGGGCUCAACCUAGCGGUGAAGCAGCAGAGGCUAUUGAAGACGAGGGAACGAAGCCAUCGACACCCAAAAAGGGGCAUGACGGCAAGACG